UCUCUUUGACACUUGACACGUCGCUAGCUGAUUUGUACAUUUAUACAUUUGUGAAAUACAGAUUGACGGGAAACAAAUUUGGAUUUUAAAUAAGAAAUUGUGUUCAUUUGCCAAAAUUUAUCCAAUUAUUUUGUGUUGCGCCCACACAACAUUUGAAGGAGUCAUUUAAGAGUGAUAGAAUUAUUUCGUGUUUUUUUAUUAUUUGUGCGUUGUAAGAAAGUCAUCAUUAGUGAAAAUGGCACUCGCCGAAUCCCAAUGCUAUACCAUCAUCAAUACACCGGAGCUGUCGGAUAUUUACAAUGAAAUGAAAAUUAAGAAAGAUCUGGAGCAAGGUGAUGAGAAUGUACAAAUCGAAACGUUGAAAAAAGUGAUUAAGCUACUGUUGAAUGGCGAACGUUUGCCUGGCCUAUUGAUGACCAUCAUUCGAUUUGUGAUGCCAUCACAAAAUCAUACAAUCAAAAAAUUGCUAUUGAUUUUCUGGGAAAUCGUUCCGAAGACCACACCAGAUGGCAAAUUGCUGCAGGAAAUGAUUCUCGUGUGUGAUGCAUACCGAAAGGAUUUGCAACAUCCAAAUGAAUUCCUUCGUGGAUCGACUCUUCGAUUUUUAUGCAAAUUGAAAGAGCCCGAAUUGCUUGAGCCAUUGAUGCCUGUCAUCCGUGACUGUUUGGAGCAUCGUCAUUCGUACGUGCGUCGAAAUGCCGUUCUUGCUAUUUUCACCAUUUACAAGAAUUUCGAGUGGUUGGUUCCCGAUGGACCAGAGCUCAUCGCUAAUUUCCUUGACACGCAACAUGACAUGUCAUGCAAACGGAAUGCAUUCUUGAUGUUGUUGCAUGCCGAUCAAGAUCGUGCACUGAAUUACUUGGCAUCGUGUCUGGAUCAAGUGAACAAUUUUGGUGACAUUCUGCAAUUGGUCAUCGUUGAAUUGAUUUACAAGGUAUGCCACGCAAAUCCAAGUGAACGUUCACGUUUUAUUCGUUGCAUCUACAAUUUGCUCAAUUCAUCAUCGAAUGCUGUUCGAUACGAAGCUGCUGGCACAUUGAUCACAUUGUCCACCGCUCCAACAGCCAUCAAAGCAGCUGCCAGCUGUUAUAUCGAAUUGAUAAUCAAGGAGAGCGACAAUAAUGUGAAACUCAUCGUUUUGGAUCGUUUGAUUGCCAUCAAAGAGAACGAAAAUACGGAACGUGUGAUGCAAGAUUUGGUCAUGGAUAUUCUACGUGUCUUGGCUGCACCAGACAUUGAAGUGCGACGCAAGACAUUGAAUUUGGCCAUGGAUUUGGUAUCAUCCAGAAAUAUCGAGGAAAUGGUGCUAGUUUUGAAGAAGGAAAUCUCCAAAACGCACAAUAUCGAACAUGAGGACACCGGCAAAUACCGCCAAUUGCUCGUGCGUACAUUGCACAGCUGUUGCAUUCGCUUCCCAGAUGUUGCAGCCACUGUUAUUCCCGUUUUGUCCGAGUUCUUGUCUGACACCAACGAACAAGCGGCUACUGAUGUGCUCGUUUUCAUUCGUGAAGCCAUUCAGAAGUUUCCGCAUUUGCGUGCAUUGAUCACGGAAAAAUUGAUCGAAACAUUCCCAUCGGUGCGUUCGGUCAAGGUGCAUCGUGCCGCUUUGUGGAUUCUCGGUGAAUACAUCAACACGAGCAAGGAAAUUUUGGAGGUGAUUGAUGUUGUAAACCAAACUAUUGGUGAGAUUCCAAUUGUCGAGGCCGAGCAACGCAAGUUGGCCGGAGAAGAAGAGCAAGCUGAUCCGAAUGCGCCAGUCAAUUCGACAGCAUCGACAACCACAAAGGUCACUUCGGAUGGUACUUACGCCACUCAAAGUGCCUUCAGCGUUGCACCAGUUGCAAAGAAGGAGGAACGACCACCGUUGCGUCAGUAUUUGAUGGAUGGCGAUUUCUUUAUGGCAACCACUUUAGCCACCACAUUCACGAAAUUGGCAUUGAAGUAUAUCGACCUCGAAAAGGAUGCCUCCAAGCAAAAUCAUCUUUGCGCUUCAAUUAUGCUCACAAUGAGCGCAAUUUUGCAUUUGGGUCGAUCCGGUUUCUCAACCAAACCAAUCACAAACGAUGAUGCCGAUCGGAUUUUCGUUUGUUUGCGUACAUUGAGUGAACGGUCACCGGGGAUUGUUGAAAUAUUCAAGGUUUUGUGCCGUGAUGCUUUGGCCAAAAUGCUCGAGGCACAUCAAACCGAAGAACAGCAAAAUUUGAAGGAUAAACAACAAAAAGCUGUUAAGAUUCAAGCCGAUGAUCCAAUUUUGUUCUCGCAAUUGUCAAGCGGAAAGGAUAACUUCUUGGGUGAAAAUGUUUUUGAAUCGAGCUUGAACCAAGCUUUGGCCGGAACGAAAUCCACGUCGAUUGUCGAUGUUGCUUCGCCAAAUAGUAAAUUGAACAAGGUCACUCAGUUGACCGGCUUCUCCGAUCCAGUUUAUGCUGAAGCCUAUGUUCAUGUCAACCAGUACGAUAUCGUUUUGGACGUUUUGAUUGUCAACCAAACGGGCGACACAUUGCAAAAUUGCACAUUGGAAUUGGCAACGUUGGGCGAUUUGAAACUUGUCGAAAGACCACAUCCAGUCGUUUUGGCUCCACAUGAUUUCUGCAAUAUCAAGGCCAACGUUAAGGUUUCGUCUACUGAGAAUGGCAUCAUCUUCGGAAAUAUCGUUUACGAUACAUCAACUACGACAAAUGUGGUUGUUUUGAACACAAUUCACAUCGAUAUCAUGGAUUAUAUCAUGCCGGCUAGUUGCACUGACACCGAAUUCCGUCAAAUGUGGCAAGAUUUCGAAUGGGAGAACAAAGUGUCGGUCAACACAACACUCACCGAUUUGCACGAGUAUUUGAAACAUUUAUUGAAAUCCACCAACAUGAAGUGUUUGACACCGGAGAAAGCAUUGUCUGGUCAAUGCGGUUUCAUGGCGGCUAAUAUGUAUGCACGAUCGAUCUUCGGCGAAGAUGCAUUGGCCAAUUUAAGUAUUGAAAAGCCAUUAGAUGAUCCAAACGCCGCUGUUACCGGACAUAUUCGAAUCAGAGCCAAGAGUCAGGUAAUUCGAUAUUGCAACGUUUUCAUAGAGUGUUGCUUACUAUUUGAGUUUUGCCAUUCAAUUUAUAAUCGUGUUUUGCUCUAUUUUCAGGGUAUGGCUUUAAGUCUUGGUGACAAAAUAAAUUCAACGCAAAAAGCGAUCCCACAGAAAACCGUUGUUGCCGCUUAAAAUGGUCGGUCAUUUCCAGAGAAUAUAUUUCGAAUCAUUUAUUAUUAUUGCAUAUUAAGAUUCCUUGAAUCACUUAGAUGUAAGAAUUUAUUAUGGAUUACAUUUGCGCGCAUUCCUGUAAUGUUGAAUAAAAAUGCCACUGUACGAAAAUCUGAUCAAUAAAUAAAGUUUAUUUCAACAUGAUAA